AUGGAUGAGCUGUAUCAAAUGCAAUCGGGGCCCCAAUGCAAUCUCUACUACUAUCGGACGAAUUACUUCCUCAUGUUGAUUCUUGUUCUAGGUCUUGCACUUAUCACCCGACCUCUUGCCAUCAUUGGCGCUGCUCUCACAGCCUUAAGCUUAGCUUUCCUUAACGACAGCUUUGCAGCUACUUUCAGUGAAAAGGCUAUCCGGAUCAUAAGGCAAUUCUCGCCACAUUUAUCUGCAAAGAUGAGGCCUCCUCACAUCUUUGUCUUGUGGUUUACUUCCUGCGAUUUUUUAUGGAUUCUCUACGCAUUUACCACUGCACUUCUCAUUAUCAUGCUUCAUGCAAGCAUGCAAACUCCGAACCUCAAGGCACGCUUGAACACAUUCCAUGAAGAGUUCAGGGCUGUGUGGCGUAACUAUAGUGAACUCUAG